AUGUCCACCGCCUUCGAGCUCAAGGUCGUGGCGCUUGUCCUGCACCCGCACGCAGCCGUCACCGCUCUUGCUCACAUUGGGCCCCUCAUCUCCUCGUUCCUCGGUCCACCUUCAUGUUUGCCACUGUGUGAAGCCUGCUCUUUCGGCUCCGUCCAAUUGCUGGACUGGUUCCGAGAGGGACUGCAGGUCGCCGCCGAUCGUGGAGAUGUGGCGAUGGUCCAGUGGUUCUUCGAGCGCUUCUCCGGUCUGGAGGUGCCUUCGGAGGUGGUGGCGAGAGCUGCGGGCAAGGGCCAUCUGCCGGUGCUGGGGUUUCUGCUGGAGCACGACGAAGGACGUGACUGCCAGCACGAGCAGGUGGGAGUGGAACUGGACGAGGAUUCGUGGACAGACAGCGUGCCGGUGAUGUCCAAGGACUGGAGUGGCCCAGGCCACAUUGUGAGGUGGGGAGGCCACGCCACCCGAGAGGCGUCGGAUGGGGUUCAGUGGCUGCUGGACAACAACUUCAUCAAGCAACACCAGAGCAAGUCUGCCUCGACGUUCCUCACUCUUGCACGCGAAGGCAAGUUGGAGCUGAUGCAGCAGGCUGCGAAGCUCCACGACAAGAAGGGGUUGACCAAGGAUUGGAUCGACAAGUGGGACUGGGCGAUGGAAGUCGCAGCCGAGCGUGGAGAUCUGCCUAUGGUGCUCAAGCGUAUAAAGGACGACAUGGUGUUUGUCAUGACGGAUAUCCCGCGAAGUGCUGCGAAGGGCGGCCACAUCGAGGUGUUGGAGUACCUCUUCCAGCAGGGGUGGGAAGAUGAGUAUGCGUCAACCCUGACAAGCGCAGCAGGUGGAGGCCAGCUUGAGUGCGUAAAGUGGCUGCUUGAGCACGCUCCACCUUACGGCAACGACCACUGCAUUGACUCUGCGGGCGUUGAAGCUGCGCAAAAUGGGCACUUGGAGAUCCUGCAGUUCUUUCACGAACUCGACUCUCCUGCUGCUGCAGAGUCGAAUGUGACGCGUACCAAACGAAGAAGGCUCGAUCGGGGUACUGAAUAG